AGGAUAGCUGAGUGAAGGCUCACUCCUGACUGACGACAGUCCACGUACAAGCUGAAGAACAAGCAUGGCGAAUACAUCAGUCUAUGAUUUCUCUGCGGAGACUCUGGAUGGACAGCAGAUUCCACUCAGCAGCUACAAGGAUAAAGUACUUCUCAUCGUGAAUGUUGCCACUUUCUGAGGGUCAACAAUAGAGGAGUACCACCGAAUGAAUGCACUGAUGGAAAUGUAUGGUGACCUCAACUUCAUUGUGUUAGGAUUCCCCUGCAACCAGUUUGGUCUUCAGUCACCUGAAGAGAAUCAUGAAGCCCUCAAUAUUCUGAAGUAUGUGAGACCAGGUGGUGGGUUUGUGCCAAAGUUUCCUAUCUUUGGAAAGAUAGAGGUGAAUGGGUUAAAUGAAGAGCCUCUUUUCACAUUUCUGAAGGAUUAUCUGCCAUUUGUGAAUCCUGUUAUUGGAGACAUAAAGAAGCUCUACUGGUCUCCAAUCAAAGUCAAUGACAUUAGAUGGAAUUUUGAGAGAUUUCUCAUUACUGCAGAUGGCAUACCCUUCAAAAGGUAUGACCUUCACUGCCCCAUUGAGAAUGUGGAGAAGGACAUUGCAGAACUUCUCUGAUGAACUUUCCUCAGUGUAGUGCUGGUGGCAGAGUGACGAUCCCUUAGUAAAUGCACAUGUGCACCUGAGCAGGAUCUGAUAAGAAGAUGAACAUGCCUCAGAGCUUCAGUGCAUUCACUCUGAGACCAAGUUCCCUUCAGCCACUCAAGCACUUUUCAUGUUGCUUUUAACAGGCUAGUGCCCUCUGCUAAGUACAUGAAUAAAACACUACAAAACAAUA